CAAGACUACAACAUUAAUUCAGACUUCUACCUCCAUGGCAUUAGCGAAAGCCAACAAGAAUGUUGUUUCUGUCCAAUUUGUUUGCAGCUUUUAUCUACUUAUCAUCACUGCUAGCUCUGGUACAGAUUGGCAUGAAAAGAGACAUUCAGCUGCAGGAGACUGGAUAAACCAUGGUGGUGACAUAUACAACCGUAGAUAUGCCUAUGGAGAAACCAAGAUCAGCCCUUCAACGGUCUCAAAGCUACGUCUCAAGUGGACAUUCUAUGCAGGCAAAGACAUCUCUGCAACACCUGCAAUUUUCAAUGGCACCCUUUAUUUCCCAAGCUGGAAUGGUUACCUGUACGCCGUCAAAGCUGUGGAUGGCUCUCUUGUUUGGAAACAAAACCUGCAAAACCUAACUGGUCUUGGUCCACCAACUUUCCUCCAAAAUGUUACUGCAACGGUGUCGAGAUCAACUCCAACUGUAGCUGGUGAUCUGCUCAUAGUCGGAAUCUAUGGACCCGCUGUUGUUAUUGCUGUUAAACGAGCAACCGGAGAGCUGGUCUGGUCCACCCUGCUUGAUAGUCAUCCGGUUGGUCUUAUCACCAUGUCCGGGACAUUACAUAAAGGAGGUUUCUAUGUUGGAACAUCUUCUUUUGAAGAAGACGUCAGCAGCAUUGAGACCUGCUGCACCUUCCGUGGCAGCCUUGCCAGACUAGACUUCCGAACAGGCGCCGUCAUGUGGCAGACCUUCAUGGUGCCUGACAACCACGGCAUGACCGGAGAGUACUCCGGAGCAGCAAUAUGGGGAAGCAGCCCUUCCAUUGAUAUUAAACGGAACCUUGUCUACAUUGCCACAGGAAACCUAUACUCAGCUCCUCUGCGUGUUCAACAAUGUCAAGAAAGACAGAACAAUCAGACUUUGCCUACUCAUCCAGACGAGUGUGUUGAGCCCGAAAAUCAUUCUGAUUCUAUAAUGGCGUUGGAUUUGGACACUGGAGUGAUCAAGUGGUAUAGGCAGCUGGGAGGGUAUGAUGUUUGGUUCGUGGCCUGCAGCAACCUUUCGGCAUCCCCUGAUUGCCCUCCCGGUCCCAACCCGGAUGCCGAUUUUGGGGAGGCACCGAUGAUGCUAAGCAUUCAUGUCAAUGGAAGCAAACAAGAUGUUGUGGUAGCUGUUCAGAAGAGUGGAUUUGCAUGGGCUUUGGAUCGCGAUGAUGGCAGCAUUGUCUGGUCCACGGAAAGUGGACCUGGUGGGGUUGCUGGAGGAGGUACAUGGGGAGCAGCCACGGACACAAAGAGGAUCUACACCAACAUUGUCAACAGUGACGCUAAAAACUUCACUCUCAAGCCAUCCAACAAAACCACAACUGCAGGCGGAUGGGUGGCAAUGGAUGCUCACACUGGCACGAUCCUAUGGUCCACCGCUAAUCCUAGCAAUGCCAAUUCCAAUGGUCCGGUCACUGUUGCUAACGGUGUCCUAUUUGCUGGAUCCGCAUAUCCAACAGGACCCAUCUACGCCAUGAAUGCUAAAACCGGGAAGAUUCUAUGGUCACAGGACACCGGAGCCACUGUAUAUGGUGGCAUGUCAGUGAGCCAGGGAUGCAUUUAUGUGGGGAAUGGUUAUAAAGUAAGCCUUGGAGUGGUGGCAUUCCCAACCUUUACCGGAGGUACUUCACUCUUCGCCUUCUGUGUCAACCAAUGAAAACUUAUUGCAUAGGGAAUCAGGAAUUGUUAAUGGGGUGGACUAAUAUUGGUAAUAAUUUUUUUUUUUUUUUGGGAAGGCUUGAGCCUACCAUAGCCCACCCUAGAUCCGCCCUUUCUUGUAUGUAGUAUCGGUAUGUCAUAUCAAAUAAUAAUAAGUGUUAUAUAUGUUUUGUAAAAUAUAAAAGUUUUUUUAAGUGUUCAAGACUUCAAGUAUUAAAUUCUU